AACUCUUUCAUCAUGUUGAUGAUACAGUCGGAAUCAUACAGUCAUCUUUGAUGAUCAGAGAGUUGCUAGUGUCCAAUAAGUAUUUUGGAUUCUCAUCUGAGAGCGUGCUGCACAAAGUACAACACCCAUUGUGCCAUCUAUCAAGAUACAUUCAACAUGACUGGAAUACUAUACAUUUGGAUUGUUCUGUUAUUUGGAAUUGUGCCGCACUGCUUUUCAUACAUGAAAUUCACCAGUAUUGAAUCUUGUUAUGACCCGACACAAACACCCGAAACAUACCAAACCAUCACUGGUAUCAGCGUUCCGCUAUGUGGAAUCAUGUGCGCAAAGGAUGAGGGAUGCAUGUCCAUCAGCAUCAAACGUGACGGGAACACUGUCACAUGUUAUCACAAUAGUGGAAGGAGACUGUUGAGUACAGGAUGCGACAACCAGUACAGACAUUUCAAUGGGUACCACUCAAGGUGUCAUUACCACGGGUUCCUUCUGAAUGACACCUAUGGCUGCAGAUGCUACGGUGGCUAUAUUGGGGCUUGGUGUGAACGACUAAUGGAAGAUUGCACUGAGGGUGCCUUCACGGAUCAUUACAGAUACGAAACAAAGUCUGCUGUGUUUCACAUCCAUCCCAGCAACUCUCCUCGGGCCUUUGAGGUUAUUUGUACGAUGCAUAAAUGGCCUCCUGGAUGGACAUAUGUCUUUUCCCGACGUUUUAACAGUCCUUACGUGAACUUUUCACGCCCAUGGGAAGACUACAAACACGGAAUCGGAGUCAAUGGCAACUUUUGGGCAGGAUUGGAUAUGGUGCAUCAUGUGACAAACAAUCGCCCACACAGAUUGAGGGCAUUUUUUCGCUUUAAAGAAGAUGGGAAACUGAUAUGGAGAAAGUAUUUCUAUAAGGAUUUCCAGGUGAGCAGUGAAACAUACGGUUAUAACUUCACGUUUUCGUCUGCUGCAUCCCCCGGUGUCAACCAUAGUCCAGCUAUUGAUGGCCUCUCACCUCUUCUGGGAGUUCGAUUUUCGACUUACGAUGUCGACAACGACAACGACAGCGGCGACAACUGUGCAAGUAUCCACCAGUCUGGGUGGUGGUUCAACACAUGUGACGGCUACAAUCCCACAGGGCAGCCACAACCUCCAUCAGUUCAGUACAAGACAUCGGACCCCACUCAACUGUCCUGGCCUCACACACUGAACUACAGCGUUUCCGAAAUCAAUAUGUUUAUGACGGCCGAAUAGAACUGAAGACUGAUGGAAUACACAUGACGAGGGUGGCUUUCACAUCGCCUAACUAUCGGGUAGCUGUUCGGUCAUGGGAGUGUUCAGGAUCAGAAUAAUUCCCAGUGUGACACGUUAGGACAGAUUGGCCAAUAGUUUGUCAUGGUUCAGGGGCAGAUCUGGAAUGUUCUCUGCAGCAUGCCACAACCAACAAAAAGUCAGAUUCGAGUCAUAUGCAACUGGAUAUUGUUAAAUGCGGUGUCUUGCAUAACUCACUAACACAUCAAUAAGCGUUUUUGCCAGAGAGUGGUGUUGAUGUUCUUCACAUCAUCACAGCACGCACAACACAAUCUUCUACUUUGAACAGGCAUCCUUUGGUCAAAAAUCAAGUUGUACAAGAUGUAACUAAGUCUUCUUACGGUUGUGACAUUCUGCACAAGGCACACAUCUGUGGAAACUGAAGUUUAUCAUUAUUAUAAUAACCAGCAGCCAGAGUCAACACGCUGUUCACACAGUCAAUUUUAACAGUGUCAAAGAUGAGUGAG